UUUUUUUUUCUCUCUUCCCUCCCCCCCCCCUCUCUCUCUCCCCCUUCGCCGGCGCUAGCACCUUACGACAACUCCCCCCAUCGAGUAAAGCCUGUUACCGACUACUUUCUACCGGUUCUUCGCCGCCGCGGAUACAAAAUUAUUCGAGAGCCACUCGGACAACCCAUCGCUUGCUGACAUUGCGACUUCGUCACCUGCUUUCUCCUACUUUAGCCCCUCCACCCCCCCUCCACAGCUUGUCACUGCUCGCUUUAAACUCUCUCCCCACCACACACUCGUCUGACACCGCGCCAGCUGGGAACUACCAGCAUUUUAAGUUGGACUGAUUCAUCCACCGUCUGUCCCGUUGUCCGUCCUAUUCGCUUUACUAUUUCCCGCUCGGCACUAGGAGAGCGUCUGCCAUGUCGGCUUACGACCCGUACGAUCCGCCACCGCGCGAGCAUUCCCGCCGGUACUACCAGGAAGAACGCCGCGAGAGAGCUGCUGGCCCUCGCUAUGCCGAGACCCAGGAAACCUACUACCGCGUAAAUCCCUCUAGCUCUAGCAGAACCGCCCUCGUCCCCAGGACCCGCGAGGACAGUGACCUCUCCGUCGAAGAAGUCCACCGGGACUUCCCGCCCCCCGGCUACUCUCGAGAUGGCAGGGCUCGGUCGGCCGAGCCCGGCUACGAUGACUACUAUGACUCGCGCCGCUCCCACGACCGGGACCGCCGUUACCGUGCGAAGCCCGGCAGCGCCUACUACGAGGAAGAGGAGCGCGCGCGCAGACGUAUCCUAAGCAAGCAGGAGAAGAUCAUCGCCGCCGUCGCUGGCGGUCUGCUCGCCGCCGGUGCCAAGGAGCUCUGGGACCGCCACGAGGCUGAGAAGGACGGUACCGACGUUCACCGCAACGUCGCUGCCUCGGCUGCCCUCGGCGCUGCCGGCGCUUUGGCUGGGUACCAGGGAGCCGAUUUCUACAACAAGCACGCCAGCAAAGAAGACAAGAAGUCGACCUAUAUCGCCCACAAGGGUCGUGACGGUCGCGUCAUCGAGUACUACUCAGACGAUGACGACGAAGACCCCAAGAAUCGGAAGGGCAACAAGUCCUUUCUCGAGAAUGCCCUGGCUGCCGCCGGUCUCGGAGGCGCCAUCAAGGCCCUGACCGGCGCCGGCUCCGACGGCGACACCAAGAGCCGUCACGGAAGCCGUCGCGGGAGCCCGGAUUCCUACCGCUCGCGCGACAGCGGUCGUUCGCGCGACGAUCCCUCGAAGCGCAUGCAGAGAGCCGCCAAGGCCUCUCUCGUCGCCGGCGCGGCCGAAGCCUUCCGCGUUGCUAAGGAGCCGGGCGGCUGGAAGGGAGAGAAGAUGAAGCGAGUUCUCACCGCGGCCGCUGGUGCUGCCACCAUCGACGCCGCUCACGACCCUUCCAAAGACAGCAAGCGCCACCUCAUGGAGGCUGUCAUCGGCGGUCUCGUCGGGAACCGCAUGCUGAAUGGCUCGAGGAAGGACAUCGAGGAGGACCGACGAACAGGUCGGAGCCGAUCCCGCUCCCGCGCCCGCUCCGAAGGCGGUAAGAGCGGCGUCGGACUCGCAGCACUGGCCACCGCUGGCUUGGGCGCACUGGGCGCCAAGAAACUCGUCGAAAGCCGAAGCCGCAGCCGGUCCCGCUCUCGCCGGGGAAGCUUUGACUCCCUAGAUAGUCGGGACCGCUCGCCGCCGCCGAAACACCGCAGCCGCAGCCGCAGCAUCGUGGACGGGGCGCGGCGCAGCCUCGCUAAGAUCGGCAUCGGCAACGGCCCCGACGACGAAGAUAGCGGUCGGUCCCCCACCCGCCGGAGUCGUCACCGGAGUCCGUCCGACGACCGCUACGACGACGACGACGAUUACAAGUCCCGUAGCUACAUGAGGGGCGGCCGGGGGCCCGCGUCUAAAGACGAUGACGACGAUUACGACGCCGAGGAGAGGUCUACUGGCGGCCGAGCCAGGAGCUCGUCCCGUUCACGAGGUAGGUCUAGUUCUGUUUCUAGUAGUGAUCUUGGAGAUUCCGAUGAGGACAAGAAGACGACGUCGAAGAUGCGGCGUAAGCAGCUGAUCACGGCGGGCUUGGCAACCGUGGCCACCAUCCACGCUGCCCAUAACGUGUACGGCAGCGUGGGGCAGCGCAACGCGAGGCACAAGGCGGUCAAGGAGGGCCGUCUGUCGCCCGAGGAGGCCCGGAAAUUGAAGACCAAGGCCUUGCUGCAAGACGCGGCCUCGAUCGGAAUUGCCGCCCUGGGCGUCAAGGGCGCCAUCUCGGAGCUCAAGGAUGCCCGAGAACAGGUCAAGGCCGUCGACGAGUGGAAAGAAGAGAAGAAGAGACGCCACGAGAGGCGGAUGGAGCGACUCGUGCGGGCCCACCGCAGCCCCAGCGGCAGGUCGGGGGCCGAGAAGCGGUACGCCUCAGCUCCGCCGCGGGAGAGCCGGUACGACGAGGGGCCUCGUUACACCGACGGGAACCCUUACUCUGCCACUCUACCCGCGCCUCCCGUCGGCUAUGAUAGGCGGUGAUGGGUAAGGGUGACGGAUCCACCUCGCGUUACCCAUCUUGAGGGUUCCGUCAUGACGCGCCAGUCCCCUGUGCCGAUCGCUGUCGGCCCUCUCUAACCGAGAUCAACCACUGCCGACGGCCCGCUCACGCAUACACGCCUACCUUGUUCCCCUCCCGCCUUACGGCCUUUUAUGAAGCUUAUGAAUUUUUCCUCUGCUACGAUUCUGCUCUGGACGGUACAGGACUGGAAUACGAGUGGGCGUUUUGAAUCUGGAUUGGGACGCAGACUGCCUUGAUUCUGGGACCCCAUCGUCGUCUUGAGAUGUAGAAGCAGAAUCUUACUCAUCGGAAUCUCCUUUUUCAUUGUUAAUUUCCAACGGUGUAUCAGAUAUAUGACGAUACAUUCCCAUAAGCUAGAAUUUCUCACUAAUGCGUCUUCAACUGGUAACAGAUGGGCGCCACCGCCGCCACCACGACCACUAAUGCACCUAGCCGGUUCGGAUAUCGCGAUUGGAGGAGGCGAGAGGAGUCUCUUGUGCGACGGAGACGGUAGGUAUUUACAGGAUUUCACGAGAGGACUACCGCAGCGGCAACACACCGGGGUGGGACCCCAUGCAAGGGCGGCACGGUGUACGAGCGAAGGCACCCGGUUGGCCGAUAUAGGGGGUGCGGGAUAGAUAUACACCGCGGGCAGGCGCACGACAGCGAAGAGAUCUCACUGCCGGGAACGUGGCGGGCUUAGCUCGUGUG